AUGGCUUCGCGAUGGGCUCAAGUCACAUGUUUCAUAUUAAUAGUUAUUAUGAAUUUGAGCUCAUGGAUCGAUAUUCAAGGAAUAAUGGUAGAAUUACCAUUAAUAAUUCCACUUUUGCCAGAAGGUUGGGCACUACCAUCAUCAAUGACAAUAUGUGCGACAGUAGCUGGUAUCGCUCCAAUUUUGGUCCUUAUAUUACGCUGUUAUCAAGGAAAACGAUUUUCGGAAAUUCCGUUCAUCUACAUAAUCAUCAUCGUUGGCAUUAUUUCAUGUUGUGUAUUAGCAUUUUUCUGGCAACGAACAGCUUUUAUAUUCGGCAGUCAAAGAAGUAUAUGGUUACUAGGAGGCGUUUUAACAUUGUCAACGGUUGAUUGUACUUCAUCACUCGUAUACUUCGAUUAUAUGAAACGAUUUCGCGCAUCAUAUUUAACUGCUGUUUUUCUCGGUGAGGGCUUGACGGGCCUGAUUCCUACUCUAUUAGUGUUAGCACAAGGCUUAGGUAGCGAAGAAGUUUGUAUUCCAAUCGUUAACGGCACUGGUUUUACAGCACAAUAUACUCAGCCACGUUUCAGUGUGAAAAUUUUCAUGUUUUGUAUUGGAGGAAUUAUUUUGUCAACUUCUCUUAAUUUUUCAAUUCAAAGUCCAGAUUCGAAUCAACCCGCUGAAGUUAUUGAUCGAGCUGAAUCUAUGGCGAUGAUCCCCGAGACGAAACUAGAAAAAUGCUCAUCAUCAUCUUCUUCUUCUCAAAUGAGUUAUAAAUCGUAUCUUUUCCAAUUGACGUUGAAUACAAUAAUGUCUGCAUUUAUAUACGGAUGCUUGCCAUCAUUGAGCACGUAUUCAAUGUUACCAUAUGGUCAAAAAGCUUUUUACUAUUCGAGUAUUUUGAAUCCAUUGGCGUAUCCUGUUGCUUCAUUGGUGAGCAUUCGUUGGGUGACUAUGUCGACUUUAGCGACCAUUCUAUGGUCAUCGAUUGGUUUUGGUCUCUGUGUGUUCAUCGCAAUAAUUGCAUGGCAAAGUCCAUGUCCCUGGUGGGCUGAUACCUUUCAUGGAGGUCUGAUCAUGACUGGUGUUUGGUUUAUCACGAUAUUAAUAGUAGCUUAUAUUCGGAUAGCUAUUGGUAAUCGUAUACGAAGGGAAUGGCUACAAGAAAGUGCAAUGUUUUACUUUGGACUAACUGUUGAAUUAGGAUCAGUAAUUGGUAGUGUUCCUAUGUACAUUUUAGUUAGCGUUUUACAUCUGUUCACCGAAAGACAGCCAUGUCAACGCUACUGCUUGAAAUGA